AUGCAUGAUCAGCAGCACCAUAUACAAGAGAAAGUGAUGGUUUACCUUGAGAGUGAGGAGCUGCGCUGCGUCUCUGCUGCCGCUGAGCAGUCCUCUGGAUUCCUCGUCAAUGACAGCUGUGUUUUCGGUGUCCAGUUCAUCAAAGUUGUCGCUGUUAAAGGUAACGAUGUGUUGGAGACUCUGUUUCUUCAGAAGACUAGCAACAUCAGCAGUGACCCACAAGCCUACACCUGGAACAUUGAUGAUUUCUUUGUGUUGAAGAACCCGAGCACCUCUCCAGAGUUUCAGCUCUGUGGACACAAAUGGUUCAUCACUAUCUAUCCAUCUGGUUCCGAUUCGAAUGGGAACUACAUCUCCCCGUAUCUGAGCAUGAAGGACACACUCCAUAAGGACUCGGGGAUCCUGGCGGAAGUUAGCAUAAGCAUCAAAGACCAGGAAACUGGCAAGCACAUGAAAACAUCAGCCCGGAUCCAGUUCAAGAAUUGUACCCGUACUUGGACAUGGGAGAAGUUGAUAUCGCUGGAAGAUUUCAAGGACUCAUCAAAAGGUUAUCUCGUGAAGAAAAAGUGCUGCAUUGAAGUCCAGGUUGCAGUCAUUGGUUCCUCCAAAUGGAGUAGCUAGAUUAUUCGUCCUCCGGUAUAAUCUCAUGCAUGUCUUGUGUGUGUGUGCUCUAUACUUGCUUCAACUACGAUUCUGCAUCCGAACCUUUGUUUGUUUGUUUGUUUGGUUGUGCUGAAUGUACGACAAGUCUAAAACUAAUGGCAUUGACAUGCAUGAUGAUGAUGUUUCUUGAUGUGGAAGAAGCUUUAGAUGGAAAUAAAUGCUUAGUGUGAGAGACUUGCAUAAAGUUCAGAAUACACCAUGUGCUUUGUUGCAAAGAUCUUCGAAACUUUUAGAGGCGUACUUAGUUGAGAAAGAAAGAAAAAUGUUUACAUGGGCAGUGUAAAAGCUACGACAUGUACACUGGCCUUUCUUAUUCAACGCUGUGAUUGACAGUUUGAAUCUUCGAGAAGCCAGUAUGUUGGGGCGACAAUUCACUUGGGCCAAUAAUCGCCCCGUGCCGACAUACGAGAAACUCGAUCGGGUACUCAUGGAUACCGAAUGGGAACUAAAAUUCCCUCUGGUAACAGUGCGUGCCCUAGAGCGUAUUGAGACACUUUCGGAUCAUGCACGCAUCAUUCUUCAGUCUAACUCUGCUAGUCCUCCCACUGCUCGCCGCCCAUUCAAAUUCGAAUUGGGAUGGUUACAACGUGAUGGCUUUGCAAAUAUGGUUAAGAAUGUAUGGGAGAGGCCCGCCGUUGGUCGCACACCAAUUCAGAGAUGGAACUUCAAAAUUCGAGCCGCAAGGCAGUUCCUAACUGGAUGGGCGAAACACACCAGUGGCAUAUAUAAAAA